AUGGGCGCCACGGAGAACGGCUCCGCCGCCCAACCCCUCAAAUUCUUGAUCUACGGGCGGACCGGCUGGAUAGGCGGGCUGCUGGGCAAGCUCUGCGAGGCCCAAAGCAUCGAGUACGUCUACGGCGUGACCGGCCGGCCCAACGUGGACUGGUGCGAGUCCCACAAGGUGGAGACCAUCCGCACCAACGUCGCCGGCACGUUGACGCUCGCUGACGUUUGCCGGGAAAAGGGUCUUCUGCUGAUUAACUAUGCCACGGGCUGUAUUUUCGAGUAUGAUUCGGGGCAUCCGCUCGGAUCGGGUGUCGGGUUCAAGGAAGAGGACACGCCCAACUUUGUCGGAUCCUUCUACUCCAAGACCAAAGCAAUGGUUGAGGAUUUGCUGAACAACUAUGAGAACGUCUGCACGCUGAGAGUGAGGAUGCCCAUCUCGUCUGAUCUUUCGAAUCCUCGUAAUUUCAUCACGAAAAUCACACGGUAUGAAAAAGUGGUGGACAUACCGAAUUCCAUGACAAUAUUAGAUGAACUGCUUCCCAUAUCCAUUGAGAUGGCGAAAAGAAACCUCACUGUAAUAUGGAACUUUACGAAUCCAGGGGUCAUUAGUCAUAAUGAGAUUUUGGAGAUGUACCGUGUAUAUAUCGACCCGGGUUUCACUUGGAAGAACUUCACUCUAGAGGAGCAGGCUAAGGUGAUUGUUGCCCCAAGGAGUAACAACGAGCUUGAUGCCAUUAAACUCAAGCGGGAAUUUCCUGAGAUGCUAUCCAUAAAGGAGUCCCUCGUUAAGUAUGUGUUCGAACCGAAUAGGAAGACACCCGUUGCUUGA